AUGGAUGGGCGCAGACAUUCUGUUGAUACACCUAUCUCAAGAACCCUUAUAGCACUUAGGAGAGUGAGGUCAUUAAGGGAUCCUUCUACUAAUUCUAUGAGCAAAUUCUCUUCUUCGUUUGACAACGUCAAGUGGGAAACUAGUUCAAGCAAUGGGAUUUCUCUGCAAUUUGUAAAUGGUUCCGCAGAAGUUCGCUCGGAGCAUAAUGAACUUCGAGGUCCGGAAUGUUUAGGAUUUGAUGGACAAAGAGAGGAUCAAGGUUAUGAUUUUCGGUUGGAUUCUGUUCCAGAAAAUUUUGGCUCUAAGUUGAUCACAUGUGAGAAUGUGAAACAGGUAGGGAACACUGCUUCUUCUGUUAGGGCCAAGCAGGUAGGUGAGUUAGAUAAUUGUAAUGGUGAUUUUAAGGAUCAUGGGUUAAGCAAGGAAGAGGUCCAUAGAAACAGACCAUUGGGUGAAAGAUAUAAUAGCAAUUUUAAGGAUAAAGGUAUGAACUUGACAUGCAUGACACCUUCUUGUAAUUAUGUGGAGGAUGUAGAUUCAUUUAAUGGACCAACUUUAGGAUCCUCACCAAUGGGAAGAGUUAAUCACUGUCGUUCAAAACAGAAAUCUCAAUCUAGAAAUCAAGUGAUGUUACAUGGGGCAAAUGAUGAUGUUGCAAAUCGUAGUACCUCACUAUAUGUGGAUGAAGAUGUUGACCUUGCUGACCGCAACCGCCGUGGAUGUGGAAUAAGCUACUGUUGGUCAAAAACCCCAAGACUGAGAGAAUCAAAUCCUUCCUCUGAUUUUGAAGACCUCCCUUUGUUGUCUGGGGAUACGGGUGGGACAACUCUUUGUGGGCAGAGCUUCUGGAAAUGUAUUAAUGGUGAAAUUAAUCUGCAUUCAGACACUCCUAGAAGCUUGAGUCAAAAAUUCAGGCCAAAAUCUUUUGAUGAAUUGGUAGGACAAAGUGUUGUUGUGAGGUCCCUUUUGAGUGCCAUUUCCAAAGGGAGGGUAACCUCUUUCUACCUUUUCCAUGGUCCUCGUGGUACAGGCAAGACCUCUGCCUCAAGGAUUUUUGCUGCUGCUUUGAAUUGCCUCUCACAAGUGGAGCAUAAGCCAUGUGGCCGAUGUAGAGAAUGUAUUUUGUUCUUUUCUGGAAGGAGCAGAGAUAUCAAGGAGGUUGAUUCUUUGAGAAUCAAUUGCAUGGAUAGGUUAAGGUCCCUUGUUAAGAAUGCGGGUGUCCCUCCAGUUUCUUCACGAUUUAAGAUUUUCAUCAUCGAUGAGUGUCAGUUACUGCAUGGUGAGACAUGGGCAACUGUUUUAAACAGCCUAGAAAAACUUUCUCAGCACAUUGUUUUUGUUAUGAGCACUGCUGAACUUGAUAUGCUGCCAAGAAGUGCAGUUUCCCGGUCCCAAAAAUAUCACUUUCCAAAGAUAAAAGAUUCUGACAUCUCAAACAGGUUGGAGAAAAUCUGUGCCAAAGAAGGUCUUGACUAUGAUCAGGUUGCUUUAGACUUCAUUGCUGCGAAAUCGAAUGGUUCACUAAGGGAUGCAGAGAUGAUGCUUGAUCAGUUGAGUUUACUUGGUAAAAAGAUCACAAUGUCCUUGACUUAUGAGCUUAUUGGAACUGUUUCUGAUGAUGAAUUGCUUGAUUUGCUGGAUCUGGCUUUAUCUUGUGACACUUCAAAUACAGUCAUAAGGGCUAGGGACCUAAUGAGAUCAAAAAUUGAUCCUAUGCAACUUAUAUCUCAGCUGGCAAAUCUCAUUAUGGACAUUCUUGCGGGUAAAUGUGAGGAAGGUUGUUCUGAAGCCAGAGCAAAGUUUUUUGGCAAGCAUAGUUCUGAAGCGGACUUACAGAAGUUGAGUCAUGCGUUGAGAACGCUUUCUGAAACGGAGAAGCAUUUGAGAGUGUCUAAGAAUCAAACAACUUGGCUCACUGUUGCUCUUCUGCAACUAAGCUCUGUGGAAUCUAAUUUUCUGGAGGUGAAUGAUUCAAAAUUGUGUUUGGCAAAUGCUCAACACAAAGAAGGUGAUUCCAACAGCACAUCAUCCACUGGGGAGAGGUCAAAUCAUCCUUUCACCUGUGUGUGUAAUGGCAAUAACUCCUCUAAUUUGGGAAAACAAGGUUCUGAGAGAUGGCUUGAAUCUAUAUGGAAGAGAGCAACAGAAUUAUGCCAAUCCAGUUCACUCAAGAAAUUUCUGAGGAACCAAGGGAAGUUGUCUUCUCUUUCUGUUAAUCAAGGUCUGGCUAUUGCUGAACUAGAAUUCGGCCAUCCUAAUCAUGUAACUAGGGCCGAAAAGUCAUGGAAACAUAUUGCAAGUUCACUUCAGUUGAUAGUCGGCUGUAAUGUGGAGAUUCGGAUUAAUCUUUCUGUUACUGAUCCAGUCUCCGAGUGUGCGAAAGUAAGGAAGCCAUCUUUUAGUUUGUUUAGCUGUUCACGCAGGCUGCAUCUGAAGUCAAGAUCAUCAACUAAAAGUGGAAGUGAUUCUGAAGUUUCACAGUAUGCCUCUGAAAAACCUAUGAUAAGUGACAGACCUAUUUUAGCUUAUAACUCUGAUCACCGGUUUGAAACUCCUCAUAACUGUUCACAUGGAAUGGAAGUGGUUAGGGCCUUCAGAAAUAGUGAAGGAAACAUACUGAGUACAGGAGCCACCCCGUCUUGUGGAUCAUUACGAGAUGGUACAUCUCGGACCCCUGCAUGUAUAGUUGGUUCUUCAAAAGGAGAAGGAAGGGACUGUGAAUGCGAGAUUCUUUCUGUUCAAGAGCCUGAUUAUCAGCCGAAUUGUUUCCCUAUAGCAUUGAGGCCUCAGAAGAAGGUGCAUUUGUCAAACAAUACUAAAAUGGUUUCUGCGAGUAACCAAGAAGAAAACAAACUUGCUGUAUCUUUUCCCGGGGUGUCAUCUUUUGAAAAAUCCCUCCGUUCCAAUGACUCGUAUGUUUGCUGCUGCUCCGACAAUGAGGAUACAUUGAGGGAGAACUCUGAGAUGCCAUGCUGGAGAACACCAACAUUUCCCUUAAAGAAGGUUUGGCAGCUGUCUCAUCAACAUCGCAGGUCACACUUGGUGUAUUGGGUUCUUCCUUGCUUUUCUGCCAAGUAGAUCUCUGCCAUGUAUGGCAUGGGAGCAAGUUUGUAGAGGAUUCUUAAAAGCUUCGAAGUACUAAUGUCUUGCAGAUUUUUGUAUAGAAAACAAAAUCUUGGUCGUACAUGUUAGAAGGGAGCAUGGACAGAGCAGUCCUAUGUAUAGCC